AUGUUCGCCCAGAACACAGUAGCGGUGCUGAAUCUCACUAGUCUCAUUCUGUUCGUAGUCGUACUGCUCAGUACGGUGACGUCGCUCAGCGAGUCGGUCAGUUCGACUUCCGGCGGUGGCACGUGCUGUUCCUCGUUCAACGAUGAUUUCAACGGGUUCGGGGAGGGAAUCAGCGAAGUGCACCAUGGUGGAUUCAACCGGGUCGUGGGAGAGAUUCACGACGCCAGCAGUGGAUUCUCCGGGCCGGGAUCUUCCGACGAUAACCACCAUCCGCCGGAUGACGAGCAUCAUCCUGGUGGAGGAGGAGGUGGAGGUGGAGCAGGUGCCAAUAGUUGGACUCCGAUGGGUGAACGGCGGCCACCGGCAGCGAUCUCCCCAAGGUUGAAGGAGCGGUUCGUCAUCUUCAACAACAAGAACGUGACGUUCUUCCAGGCUUGGCGCCUUUGUCAAACGGUCGGACUUCGGUUGGCAUCGAUAACUUCCGCCGAGGACAACAACGAGUUGCAGGUCGUUAUUCAGAAGACUCGAAGUAACGGAUUGGGUCCGUGGUGGAUUGCCGGAACGGAUUUGGGCGAGUGGCGCAAGUGGAUCUGGAUUACUACGAAUACUCCGGUCGGUUAUCGGACGGGUUACAUUAACUUUUGGCCCGGGGAGCCGAACAACGGAGCUGGGAAUGAGCGCUGCAUCAACCUGGGAGCUCACGGGGGAACUGCGUGGGAUGAUUUCAACUGUGACUGGGAGUUUAGGUAUAUUUGUGAAAAUUACGUUUGA